UAGCUUUAUUACUGAUCAUAUAGAUAUUUUUAUUUAAGUGGGGGUAAACUCACUAUUCCUUCUUGUAUAUAAGCUUUCUGCUUUGUCUCACACUUUGGUUGUUACCACUCGGUAACAUUUCCAGGCUUGGCCAACAGCACAAGCUCGCGUGUGAACACAAAACCAAGUCCCGUCGUCGAGAAGCAGCAGAGCAGCGCAGAAUCAGCAGGAAAAUUUCGCCAAAAUCACGAUAUUAUUGAAGCUUUUUACACAAUAAUUGAUUUGACCCGGCAAAUUCAUUGAUUUCUGAUUAAUUCUCAUAAUCUUUUUUAUUUUUUUUUUUUUUUUACGAAGCCCAGACUUACACAACCGCGCCGAUAUCGUAGAAUGGUAGAAGGUGAACCACACUCAAAGCCCAAUAAUAAGUGUGAUGUAAAGGACAAUCGUCUAAACGGCUGCGGUUCAAAAGACCUAGAACUUGCCGGUAUUGGGUCAAAAGGUAAAUCCUUAGACCCCGAAAAAGGAUCAUACAUAAAAGCUGACUUCGAGAAAGCUAUCGAACUAACCGAAUAUGGAAAGUUUCACUACUUUCUGCUGGCGGUGUGUGGGUUCGUCAGUACGAGCGAGGAGAUGGACGUAAUUUCUAUGUCCUUUAUCCUGCCGAGUGCACAAUGUGACUUGAACUUGAGUACCGCGGCCAAGGGAUGGCUCAGCUCAAUCAUAUUCAUUGGGAUGAUGGCAGGAGCUUAUGCGUGGGGCUCGGUCGCGGAUGCACUGGGCCGACGCAAAGUUCUUAUCGUUAUCUCAUUUAUGAACGCUUUAUGCAUCGUUGCCUCCAGUUUCAGCCAGUCCUAUGAACUUUUUUUGUUCUUCCGUUUUCUAAACGGUGCUGCUUUAGGUGGCAGUGGACCGGUCAUCUGGUCAUACUUUGCAGAAUUCCAGCCAAAAUCAAAGCGUGGUUCGAUGCUGUCAUUCAUGGCAGCAUUUUGGACCCUGGGAAAUCUAUUUGUCGCUGGACUAGCGUGGCUGAUAAUUCCACAUGACAUCGGUAUAACAAGUACUUCAUUCACAUUCAACUCUUGGCGAAUUUUCCUGCUGAUCUGCGCUGCUCCGUCAUUCAUCGUGGCGGGACUAUUGUUAUUACUGCCGGAGUCACCAAAAUAUUUAUUAUCACGCGGUAGAUACGACGAGGCACUCAAUAUAUUCCGUAAUAUAUACGCUAUUAAUACUGGAAAACCACGUGAAAGUUACACAGUUAAAGAGUUAAUCCUCGACGACUUUGGCAACAGCAAAAAUGUCGUUGAGCCGAUUAAGAGUGCAGGAGGCACCAUUGCUAGCGGUGGUAGUACCAAAGAUAAUAAUAAUAAGAAAAAAAAUAAGUACAAGAUUAUGUUUGGUGAUAUUAUGGAUAAUAGUAAACAAUUGUUUGUAUCACCGAUACUGCGUUUUACAGUGAUAUCUAUAAUUAUUAAUUUUACAUUUCACAUUGGUUACUAUGGUCUGAUGAUGUGGUUCCCGGAAUUGUUUAACCGCUUUGAUCUUUUCAAUCAACGUAAUCCUAAUCAAAAUACAGAUAUUUGUCAAGUUACGGAAUUUUAUAUUAAAGUUAAGAAUAAUAUUACUGAGCACGACCAACCGUGUGAUAGCAAAAUUGGAGAAGCUGUUUUUAUUGAAUCACUUAUUACUGUUGCUUCGGCGAUACCGGCUAAUAUUCUUGCUGUUCUUGGUAUGGAUCGUUUGGGCCGAAAGUUUUUCCUUGUUUUUAGUACACUGUCGUCAGGUGCUUGCUCUGUUGGAUUAUAUUUUGUUUACAACAAAGUACAUAACGUAAUAGUAUCAGCAUUCUUCAGCGGUGUAAUAAGUUGUGGUAACGCGGCGCUAGACUGUCUUAUCACCGAAGUAUUUCCUACAAAUUUACGUGCCACUGGUAUCGCUAUUUCGAUGGUAGCGGCUCGACUUGGUGGUAUUAUUGGUAAUAUCGUCAUAGCUCAGUUGCUAGACAUGUAUUGUCCUGCGCCUACAUUUAUUGUGGCUGCUCUUCUUAUUGGAGGAGGAUUACUAUCACUAUUUUUACCCAACACAACUCGUGAACCACUUUCCUGACACCGGCAAAAUAAAAAGUCAACAUUUAAAUAUUCCAUGUAUAGUUCACACUCUGCAUUUGUGAAAUAAGAGCAUUUCUAAACGUAGAAAAAGUAACAAUAACAAUAAUGGAGAUAAGAAUCACGUGUAGCUAAAAUUCAUCAAACAGGGUAGAGAUUAACGUAGUCUAGAUAUAUAUAUUCUUCAAUAAAAAAAUAAUUGUAUGUUAUAAGACUAACUGAGUGUCACAAGCGUGAUCUGAAUGGCUGAUUAUUACUCAAAAUGUUUAGUAUUGAAUGUGUGAGAAAAUCAAAUAAUAAUAAUCAUUUGUAUAAUUAAAAUGAUGUUACAAAUUCAUCGAUAUUUAAUAGUAUAGUUAGAUCUAUAGAAACGCUCAAUUGACUUUUUCUAUUAUAUAU